AAAAUAAAAGUUCGAUUCACUCACCCUCACUUCAUUACAGAAUAAAUGCAAAAAAAAAAAAAAAAAAAAAAGGUGAGAGGCAAAACUGUCGGUGGUUCUCCUCAAAGACGACAGUGGGCUCGCUCUGCGCCUCUGUGAAUUGCCGUUGAGCUUUCGACUUCAGCUACUUGUCUCUAUCCAUUUAUUUCUGCACCUCUCCUCCCCACCCCACUGCUCACAAAACCUACUACUGCUCAACUAUUCCCUCGAAGCUCUUCCCCCUGAAACAUUCAUUCGCUUCCUCUGUUUUCACCCCCCAUUCCCGGCCAAACAAGAACCGUAAUUUGAGGGGACGGGUGGGAAAAUGGGAGUGGAUUUGAGGCAAGUGGUUGCUGGGAUACUCACCAUCACCAUGUUCGUCAUGCUUGGUGAUAUGCUCAAGCGGGAUUACAUUGACAAUCCUGAAGAAAGGUUUCCCGGCGAAGCCAGAGAUGUUGGGUUUGAUAGCGGGAACGUUAUGGAGAAGUUUUCAAUGAAGACUAACGGUCCUUGGAUGGAAGAGAGCGAAGCGCUUACACCUUGUUGGAAGAAGAAGGCUGAUUUUGAUGAGAUAGAGGAUUACAAAGGGUUUGUCACGUUCUCGUUAACCAAUGGACCGGAGUAUCACGUCUCACAGAUUAGUGAUGCAGUGGUGAUUGCUAGAUAUCUGCAGGCAACUCUUGUACUUCCUGAUAUUAGAGGAGACCGACCAGGCGAUGAGAGGAAGUUUGAAGACAUCUAUGACGUUGGGAAAUUCAUCAAUGGUUUGGAUGGGGUAGUUAAAGUGGUGAGAGAGCUUCCGGAUUCUGUAUCAAUUCGAGAUUUUGAAGUGGUCAGGGUACCCAAUCGAGUUUCAGAAGCAUACAUUGCAGAGAAAAUUGAACCAGUCUUUAGAAGCAAGGGUAACAUCAGAGUGGCAAGUUACUUCCCCUCUGUAAACAUGAGGAAGACCCCACAGAAGGACGGCAGUGAUACACUCGCAUGUUUGGCCAUGUUUGACACUUUGGAGUUGAAGCCUGAGGUUAAUGAGGUGGUCGACGAUAUGGUUGCAAGGUUGAAAACUUUGAGCCACAAUUCUGGUGGUCGGUUUAUAGCAGUGGACUUGAGAGUUGACAUGUUGGAAAAGAAGGGUUGUAAUGGAGGAGCCAGUGCAACAAAGAGCUGUUACAAUGCACAUGAGAUUGCCCUAUUCUUGAGGAAGGUUGGAUUUGGGAGUGGCACCGUGAUCUAUCUAACUCAGUCAAGGUGGGACGAGAGUCUCGAUGUGUUGAAGGACAUCUUCCCUAAAACUUACACAAAGGAAAGUGUAAUGCCAGCGGAGAAGAAGUCGAGGUUCUUGGAGUCAGAAGAUUCGGAGUUUGAGAAGGUCAUCGACUACUACUUGUGUUCCAGAAGUGAUGUCUUUGUACCGGCCAUCUCUGGCCUGUUCUAUGCGAAUGUAGCCGGUAAGAGAAUAGCCACCGGCAAAACUCAAAUACUAGUACCAGCUGAGAUUCCGGGUACAUCAUCACCGAUCACCAGUCAUUUCUCUCCAUACAUCUCAAAGAGGAAUCACAUGGCCCAUACAUGUUUUUGCUAGCAAUUCCAUAGGCGAAGGCAGUAAAGCGAAAUGGGGUUGCAGAAGCCUUCCACAUAAUACUCUUAUUCAUCAUACUGCAGAAGGAUGAGAAGCUUCAAUAUGUACAAUAUUAAGAAACUGGGAUCAAAGUUCAUCCCAGGAAGCAUAUUUCUAUUUGUUUUGACUUUUUUUUUGGGGGUGGCUUUUGAAUUGGUUUUGUUUCUUCAGAACAAAGUGGUUUUGUAUUGAAUAGGAUUCAGGUAGCUCUCUUUUUGUGAGGUAGGUACAGAUAUUUUGAAGAACCUGUGUUGAUGUCAUUGUUGUAAUACUUAAUGAUUAUAGUUCAUGGUGAAAUCAGUGGUAUUUCCUACAUAUUUCCAUUGCCUUUUCUCCUUUGUGUUGUUGGAUAAAUGUUUUUCAG